ACCGUCAGAUUCAUCUGCUGCGAGGAGAUCGAUGGCCGCAGAUGGAACUAUGUCGCCGACGCCGACGCCGGAGGUGGAUUCAAGAAGAAUUCAUUUCGCGCUCUCACUUUGCACUCUCCUCAAGCUCCUCUAGAUGGAUUGAUGGCAUUCGUUAGAUCGUAUGUUGUUCCGGAAGGGUUCCCCGACAGUGUUACUCCUUCUUAUGUUCCUUACAUGACCUGGAGAGCUCUCAAGCACUUCUUUGGUGGAGCAAUGGGAGUUUUCACAACUCAAACGCUUUUGAGUUCUGUUGGAGUUUCCAGAAAUAGAGCUGCUCCUGGGGCUGUAGCUAUCAAUUGGAUUCUCAAGGAUGGCGCUGGUCGUGUUGGAAAGAUGCUUUUUGCUCGGCAAGGAAAGAAAUUCGAUUAUGAUCUGAAACAGCUGCGGUUUGCAGGUGAUCUUUUAAUGGAAUUGGGUGCUGGAGUGGAACUGGCAACUGCUGCGGUGCCACAUCUAUUUCUUCCUUUGGCUUGUGCUGCAAAUGUAGCAAAGAAUGUUGCUGCUGUGACGUCGACAUCAACUCGGACGCCAAUUUACAAAGCCUUUGCUAAAGGAGAAAACAUAGGAGAUGUCACUGCUAAAGGGGAAUGUGUCGGCAAUAUUGCAGACCUGUUGGGAACUGGUUUAAGCAUAUGGAUUGCCAAAAGGAAUCCAUCACUUGUGACCACUUUUUCUCUCCUUUCGUGUGGAUAUAUCCUUAGCUCUUAUAGAGAGGUAAAAUCUGUGGUUUUGCACACACUUAACUGUGCAAGAUUCAGUGUGGCAGUCGACUCUUUCAUCAAAACAGGACGAGUUCCCACUUUGUGCGAGGGCAAUAUGAAUGAGAACAUAUUCAGUUUCCCAUGGAAAGAUAGGCCUGUUGUCCUCGGAUCAAGAGUCAAGGAUGCAUUCCAAGAUCCUAGUGCAUAUGUUGCUAUUGAGCCCCUGUUUGAUAAGGAAAAGUACAUUGUGACAUACAACCCCUCAAAAUGUAAGGUUUAUGCUGUACUCAAGGAUCAGGCGAAGUCGGAUGACAUUCUAAAAGCAGCAUUCCACGCUCAUGUGCUUUUGAAUUUCGUAAAUUCAUCUAAUGAAAGUAAGGUCUCAUCUCAGAAUCAGAGGGAGAAUAUUAACUCAAAUGCGAUGCAGAGAGUUUCAGACCUUGCUUCUUGUAUUGCUGAUUCUUGCAAGAUUGUGACAAAUACUUAUGGGCUUUUCAAGAAUAAGGCUAAUGAGCAGGGUUGGGCGAUGUCAGAAUCUCUUUUAAAUCCAGGUCGAGCUAGGCUGUGUCAACUUGAUGAUAGAUGAUAUACUCAUGUUCUGAGCAACGGUGUGUUAUAAGUUAUUGGGGCUUCUAUGGAUGUGAAUAUUGAGUUGAGCAACUAAAAGCUUUACAAAUUACCAGCAUGGAAAGAUGACUUGCAAUGCCUUAAGUGGAAUUAUGGGAUCUUUUAUCCUCAAAGAAGCCAAGUAAAGUAAACUCUCCUGAAUCCUGAUGGUUGAUGGUUUUAGUGAUUGGAUUUAAUUAGUUUAUAGGAAUGAGUUGUUAGCAUGACCACGCGUUGUUGCAUAUACAAAUGUUCUUUUAUCGCUUUUCUCCCCACUAGUGUUGUUUUUAUUUUCCUUUUCUUGGUCUCUAUUCUUUUCCUUAAUGGGGAAUUACUCGUGUAAGUUUUAGUUUCAAUUUUGCAGCCGUUUGUUUCACCAGUUCAAAAAAUUAGUUAUACUUGUAGAAAUCAUAAGAAUAUGAAUUCAAUCUAUUUGUUGGAUUCUUGUACAUCUAAAUAUGCGAUGUUUGAUUUAA